GACUUGUAGAAGGUGUAAAGAAAAUCAUGACCAAAGGAGUAAGAGGAAAUUGCCAGUUAGAAUUGUAACUUCACCUAUUGAUUUUGUUAAGCAACCUGAAAGUAUCAAGCAUUUUAUUGGUUUUAUUGAGCAACCCGAAAGUGUUGAGCAUACCAUUAAUUUUGUUGAGCAAUCUGAAAGUGUUGAGCAAUAUUCUUUAGAAAUUAGAUUGAAUGUUAAUAUAACAUCAGAUAUAAUAGCAAAAAACAUUGCUACUCUCAUUGUUGCUGAAAUAGAAGGUGGCAAUGACUAUCUAUGGAA